AUGGCGGAUCUAGAAAUCGGCCCCGGAGCCUCCCUCGACGACCCCAGCGCCUCCUCCAGCGACACCAAGCUCUCGGACGAACCCGCGGGUGGCUCAGCCACGCCCGGCCCCGCCUCCGCGACCGCCGGGCUACUCGGCCGCCUCCGGCAGCUCGAGAGCCGGAUGGACCGCACGCUCGGGAUCGAGUCAGACGCGGUGUCGCGCAAGCGGGCCGAGGACCGGCAGCGCCACGUGCCGUGGCACGCGCAGCUGUCCAUGGCGCUGCUGUGGGCGAGCGGCACAAUGAACACGUCGUGCUUCGCGACGGGCUUCCUCGGGCGCGCGUUCGGGCUGGACCUGCGGCAGGCGCUGCUCGUGACGGUGCUCGUCUCGCUGCUCGGCGGGGCCGUCGUCGGCGCCGCCGCCACGUUUGGCGCCGCCACCGGGCUGCGCCAGAUGAGCGUGUCGCGCUUCGCCUUUGGCUGGUGGCCGAGCAAGGUCCUCGCCGUGCUCAACUGCGUCCAGCAGCUCGGCUGGGCCGCCGUGUCGUGCAUCACCGGCGGCCUGGCGCUGACGGCCGUGUCCGACGGCCGCGUCUCGCUCGUGCUCGGCAUCGUCAUCCUCGCCGUCGUCGCCUGGCUCAUCUCCGCCCUGGGGCUCAACGCCAUCCUCGUCUACGAGCGCUACGCCUGGGUCGUCUUCUUCGUCAUCUUCGUCAUCAUGUUUGCCGAGACGGGCCGGUAUGCCGACAGCAAGACGCCGGCGACGGCGACCGGCGCUAACCUGGCCGCCGGCGUGCUCAACCUCGUCGCCGUCGUGUACGGCUCCAGCGCGUCCUGGGCCACCGUCGCCAGCGACUACUACGUGCACUAUCAUGCCGACGUCAGCCGCACAAAGGUCUUCUUCAUGACGACGUUUGGCAUCGCCAUUCCCACGUCGAUUGGCAUGGUCGCGGGCUGCGUCGUCUCCUCGGCGCUCAAUAUCCGACCCGACUGGGAUGCUGCCUACCAGAAAGGUCUAGGGUAUGUGAUCCGGGACUCGCUCUAUCCUCGCGGCUUCGCCAACUUCCUUCUUGCCCUUCUUGUGCUAUCCGGCAUCAACAACAAUGUCAUUGGAAUGUAUAGCGCGGCGCUGUCGUUUCAGCAAAUCUCGCGACCCUUUUCUCUCGUGCCACGCCUUCUCUGGAUGCUCCUCUCGUUGGUCUGCAUACUCGGGCUCGCCCUCGGAGGACGGGAGGAGCUCAACCAGUAUCUUCAAACUUUUCUCUCUUUACUAGGCUACGGAUGCACUUCGUAUAUUGUCAUUAUUCUCCAAGAGCACUACAUCUUCCGCAAGGGCAGCUUCCACAACUACGACCUGGACGGGUGGAAUACGCCGAGCCGACUCCCCAUCGGAAUUGGCGCCUCGGUAUCCUUUGGGCUUGGUGUUGUGGCUUGGUGUAUGGGUAUGAGCCAGGUUUGGUUCACUGGGCCGCUGGCCAGACUAAUCGGAGACUCGGGCGGUGAUGUCGCGGUUCAACUCACCUUUGUUGUGACUGUCGUGAGUUAUCCCCCGGCGCGGUACUGGGAGCGGAAGCACUUUGGCAGGUAG